CUUUCACUUUGUUGACACUUUCAAUUUUAUCAAAACUUGGUAAUGACGAAAUUUGACCAAUUUUGGCAUUAAUAUAUUUUGAUAUGUUUGGUUUAAAACCUUAAAAAGAUUUUGGAUUUAGAAUCACCUAAAGAUGCAUGCACCUGUUUGGCUUAGUACCAGUGCGCUACUGGUUUCAUUCUCGCCAAUAACUGGAAAAUGUAUAUGUGGUAAUUAAGCUCUUAAGAGGCACCAACAUUGUACUUGAAAAAGGAUCAAACAUGCAUAAUAUCAAAAUAAAAGGCAUAUGAACAUCAAAUACUAACCGCAGACAGCUGAAACAUACUAUAACAAAGACUGAUGCCGGAAACUGAUGUUGAAAAAACAUAAACUCAUCUACACGAACGGCACCUAAUACACUGAAAAAAUGCACUAAAUGUGGAUCAUAUCCAUAAUGAACACUUGAACAGAGAAAUGUGCUGUACCAUACAACUGAAACAUGACAGCAAUGCUGUGAAGACAACAGAGUGAUAUAUAAUGGCUGAAAUGUCAAUGGACCAAGGCUGUCAUUUAUAAGAACAACGAAUCCUCUCACACAAGCAAGAACCAACCACGCCCUCGUGCAGAUGAGUUUGCCACUUUGCCAACACAACCUAAGACAUGAAGCAUCAACUUGUUAGAGAUGGUUGACAAUGUCACAAUGUGUCCUUAUUUUGCAGCAUGACAACUCACAACUGAUAAGAACAUUUUGCAGUUUAGCACGGCAGGCAGGAGUAACAUGCUAGUGCAGAAACCGCAUGAUUGAUUCUCCCAUUUCAUUGCAUGCUUCAUUGGUCUCACCAUCUUGAACUUGAAUUCAACACUAAGCAACCCGCUCGUGCAGCUGAGUUUGCCGCCAAUAAUCGGGACAUGAUGGUACAAUCAUUAGCUGAGCUAGAGAUGCCUCUUACAUGAAAAAAAACAUCAGCUUGUCGAGGAGUUGGGUGGCUUCUGUUGCAGCAGCACAACAAUUCCAUGGCUGUCUACACAAUCAGAAAUGCCAUUGCUUGAGCUCCUUUCGUUAUAUAUACAGGCAAACCAUGCCCAGGUCGACACCAUUGCAGCACAGUUUCCUUUCUCUUCCUAUCCAUCUCCAGAGAAAAGAAAACAAGAGAAAAAUAUAAUGGCAUUCCAUCUCAGAUCUGCGAGUGCGCCAUCCAGCCCACGGUCCAGCGAAACCAAUGUCGAAGAACAGCUGCAGAGCCUAAAGGCAACAAUCUCCUCACCUUCUUCAACCAUCAGGACGAUGAACGAUGGCUUGAAGAGGCUUAAGAGCAUCUAUGAUAGCAUCGACGAGAUCAUGUGCAUGCCUAGCAGCCAAGUUCUCCUUUGCCAGUCACAGAACAGGAAAGCAGUGGAGCAAGAGCUCGAGUGCUCUCUCGUCUUGCUUGACCUCUGCAAGGCUAUGCAACAGAACUUUUCUGAGCUCAAGGCAAGCAUCCAAGACAUGAUGUUGGUUAUCAAGAGAGGAGAAGACGCAGCUGUUCAAGCCAAUAUUCCAUCAUGCAUCCGCCUUGCCAAGAAGGCGCAGAAACAGUACAAGAAGAUUAGCAAGAAGACUCUGUCACCUGAUCAGGAGAGCUGCAGGGUGGUCAAGCUGUUGGCUGAAGCAAGAGAGACAGCCUUCUCAAUGCUUGAAAUCUCAUCACAUCUCCUCUCGAAGCAAACUGUGAUGCCGAGUUAUAGCAAGUGGUCUCUCGUCUCCAAGACAUUCCAAAAGAGAAGAAUUAUCUGCGAGGAGGAGCAAUUGCAGGCGUUGGAGUUGGACAUUGUUGAUCUUGAGAGCGGAAUCGAGAAUCUGUUCAGAAAAUCGAUCCAGAGCAGAGUUUCUCUUCUAAACGCUCUCAGCAUGUAGAUAGAAUGAUGGAACAUUCCCAACUCUGACACCUGUGAUUGGCGUCCGCCUAUUAGAGGAUUUGUUGAUCACCAAAACAAUUUUGUAUGUUCACCUACAUCAUACAUGAGGAAAUGUACAGGAGUUCAUUCAAUGAAUAUUUCACUCUUUUGCCUCUAAUUUCCCCCUUCACUUGACGCAUACUGCUCUCAAACAAUCACCGGACAUUUGGAGCGCU